AUGGACUCCAACAACACUCGGGACCGCCCUCUUUUCAGCAGCUUUUUUCCCACCAAAGAGGAGUCCAGCUAUUUCAUCCGCGUUUAUACUGAACCCCUGCUGGUGAACCUGCCCACUCCCGACUUCAGCAUGCCCUACAACGUCAUCUGCCUCACCUGCACUGUGGUGGCGGUGGGCUACGGCUCCCUCUACAACCUCCUCACGCGCAACUUCCAGAUCGAAGAGCCGAGCCCGGGACUGGCCAAGAGGAUUGCCAACGUCAUCCGGAAGAUGAGGGGCGUCCCGCCACUAUGA